GAAGUGUAGAUAUGUCAAAGCCAGCUUCGGUGAGCCAUCUGAUAACAGUAAUUCAGCUAUUUAAACUUUUGAAUAGAGUCCAACCAAUGUUGUGAUAUGGCGGAAAUAUUGAUAACAGCAAUGUUAAACCUCAAUAAAAUAAAGCAGAGGCUGUCAGUUAACAUAUUUAUGGCUGUCUAAUUCUUGGAUUUUACCCCCACAGCAAAUUCUGGAGAUUUUGUGUGAUUUCUCAAAUGUUGAGAUCAGAAGGGUUGUCUUGAGGUAUUUUUGGCAUGGCUUUGCAGUGAGGCAGCAGUAUGACAUGUUGGCAUGGAGACCUGAUUUACUGAUACAAGAAAGAAGGCUUAAAGUAAUAAUGAACCUGAAACAAACAAAUAAAUAAAUCAACCUGUUGCACCCGAAUUGGACAAAACAGGGGAAAAAAAGAUAUAUUUCUUCCUCCUAAACAAGCCGUCACCACAUUUCUUAACCACAAUGCAGCCCCUGUUGAUGGCUGUUAAAAUGUAUGGAGAUGUGAUUGGCUAUCUAGAGUGGCUGUGUGAUGACGCAACAUGUGGAAAUAAUACUUUAAAGAUACUGUAACCGGGAUAACGGGUGUUAAGGAGGAGAAAUACAGUUCAGUUACGACUACCCAGAACCAUUUAUGUAUCAUGUCUGUAGAGGAUGCGACAAAUCAGGACUGACAAAUCAGGACAAUGCACGCUCCCCUACGCACUAGCAUCAAUGGACCUGGGGAUAUAGUGUUAGCGGAGGACUUAGCCGAGAGCUGGCGGGCUAUCCCUCACAUUCAUAGGUUGACCACAGCCACCGACGCCAUAUGAAUGGAGGAAUUUUUUUUUUUUGUCGUCGUUGUUUCCUCUCGUGGUAUGAGAGCAUCAAGCCGAGAAACCACAAAUUUGGUGUGCCACACUGGAGGAGGUUACGUGUGUUAGUGGCACUGGUUGGGUGGGAGUGACAAGUACAUAUAUGUGGGCGUACAGAGGAAGUCCAUGGGCUUUUUGUAACCAGUAGCUGCCUGUGUGACAGCUGACUUGAGGUGGACUUAGUUCUGUUACAGUAGAACGUGAUUAAGUAAGCCACAGUCACAGUGGGGUUGGUUCUAGGUGCUAUAAGCCUGAUGUAAAUGCUGAUGUGAUUUAAGCAUGGUUUACAACGUACUACUAUACAGGAGGAGCUCUGGGCAUAAAAUACCUGGUGGCUGGUGAAAAAAAACCAUGCCUCUACUGUGUUCUCCAGCUUGAAUGAGAUUGUGACAGAAACGUGUUUCGCACAUGUGUCAUUUGAACAGCAGCUAGGCCAUGGUGUGGCGGUCUGGUAACUGACUCGCUCAUUUCAACGCUACAGUUUUAUUGGAUGGACUGAUUUCAUGUGCUGCUUUUGCUGAGGUGAAAUUUUAAUUGCCAUUGUGCUUGGGUAAUGUACUCCACAAUUGUCAGCAUUCAACAAUCGGCAUGGUUGCAAUAUAGCAAGAAACUAGGAUGGAUUCUGCCUUAAUCUGGAACACAUUUCAGGUACAGAAACUGGGUUCAAUUACAAAAACAUCAAAGGUUGAAUAACUGACAGAUGACAGUCAGGAUGGAAAGAAAAACUUUAUUCUUGGGAAGUGUGCUAGUUUUGGUGCUGUGGCCACCUGGUGGACAUGGGCAGACAACUGCCUCUAGUCAACUGACAGGCCGAGCGUUUACAUUUGAUAUCCCUGGUGUAUCAUAUCUGGAUGCCAUACCACCUCUGGUCACUAAACAAAACAUAGGCUGGAGGUUUGAAUUUCGGACAAAAUUACCGAACACAUUUCUGUUUCAUCACGGACUGGGGUCUUAUAGCCGUCAUGAUUUCCCGAAUUUGGAAGAUUACGAGCUAUUCUGGGAGAUUAAACAUGGAUCAUUACAUGUGGUUCACCAUCUCAAUGGCUGGAGGGAUGAAGUGGACAUAGGCAUUGCCUUGAGUGAUGACCGGUGGCAUCGUGUGUGGGUGACAGUAGAUGGGAAGACGGGUCAGGCGACUGUGAGGUUAGAUAACCAGACAUUACAGAUGAGGCCGUAUGGACUGGCCAGUGCUGUCAAUGUCCUGGUGUGGAGUAACCUCACCACAGUCACAUCGUUUGGCGGCACGGAGAAGCCAAUAUCCCUGGGGCUUCAGACGUUCAUUGGUUGUAUGCAGGACCUUAAGUACCUGACUAGUAGUGGAGAGUACCGUGAUGUGAUGAUACGGGGACAAGCUGGAGUCAGUAAGGGGUGUGUUGACCUGUGCUCAGGGGUCAACCCAUGUCGCCACGGUGGCCAGUGUGUCAGUCAGUACACACAGACUGUCUGUGAUUGCUUUGGGACAGGCUACGAAGGAUCCACCUGUCAAAUUCCAGGCUCUACAGUGGUGACCCUGAAUGGAUAUGACUGGAUCAUCUACAGGUUAUACAACAGCCAAGAAGACUGGGUCAACCGAGAAAAUCACCGAUUCAGUUUGGAAUUUAAGACUCAGCGAGGUUCGGGUGUUCUCCUGUAUGCCAUGGGCACCUCCCCGACUAAUGACCAUGUCAUUGCCACUCUGUUUGGCGGCUCCGUCCAUGUGUCUGUUUCAUUUGGAGAUGACCAUCUGGAGCUUAACAUGGGAAUUGGACUUGACAACAGGAGGUGGCAUAACUUGACGAUUCAUCACCAAGGUUCACUGGUGGAGGUUCACCUGGAUGGAGUGGUACGGCGAAGACGAACGAGAGAGUCCAACCAUUAUCUUAGUCUCGACCCAAACAUCUACUUUGGUGGAGGCCACAACUUUGUCCGCACUAGAGGUCUCAAGGUCACCCAGAACUUUGUGGGAUGUCUGCGCAAUGUCUAUGUGGAUGAGGUCUCUGUACUGUACAACAUUAACAAGAACAACAACAAAACAAAGUACAGCGGUGGACGGAAGAUAAAACUGGGCUGUGACCCGGUGGAUGACCCACCAAUCACAUUCCCUCGUAGCGGGACAAUGGUGCUGGUAGAGAAUGAGGAAAACGCCCGGCUGAUGGUGCAGCUAGAGUUCCGCACCGUUUUGCAUGAGGCGGUGCUUGUCCACACUGAACUGAUAGCCCCAGACAAAGAGGUUGGCUAUGAUAUUGGUGAUUUAGAGGUGUGGAUCUCCAAUGGUGAGGUGAUGUUACAUUACAAACCCAGCUCACGGUUUCCCAACUUCACUCAGGACCUGUCUAUUGGGGAGAAGGUGAAUGAUGCCAUGUGGCACUCACUUCAGCUGACCUAUGUCAACAGACAAGUGUGGUUGCGGCUAGACGGUAAACAGAUCAUAUCUGAGAAGUACAGACGUCCUCUGAACCACCGCGGGAACAUUGUGAUUGGGCAUGGGCUGAGGAGAUACAAAAGUGGGUUUGUGGGUUGUAUGCGCCACCUUAAGAUUCAGGGACGCACGAUUGACCCCCUGGUGAUGGUGCAGAGUAAGCAGGCCGUGGGUGUGGUGCUAGACGGAUGUGACCUCAAGGACCGGUGUAAGGGCCUGAACCUUUGUGAGCAUGACAGUGUCUGUGUGUCAGACUGGGAGGGUGUGGUCUGUGACUGUGUCAGGGUGCCCUAUGUCGGCAAAACCUGCCAUUUUGCUAAUUACCUGCGUACCUGUGACGAGUAUUACCAGGCGGGGUGGAGAGGCUCAGGUGUCUACCGUGUAGACCCUGAUGGGAAUGGACCUCUCUCACCCGUCUACGUGAACUGUGACAUGGAGCACAUGGUGGCCCAGGAGGGAUAUGGCUUGACAGUCAUAGAGCAUAACCUGCCUAAAAACUUCACGGCCAGGGAGAUAGGAGAGCCAGGCAGGAAGGUGAAAAUCUCCUACAGAGGCGUGGACAGGUUUACAUUAAAGGCCCUCACUGAGCGUUCAUUAGGGUGUCGACAGCACAUCAGUUACCUGUGUAAAGAUGCCAAGCUCAGUCUGGGUAAACUGACCUGGUUUAAGACAACUGAUGGACGGGUGUUGGAUUACCUGGGAACAACUGACCAUGGAGACUGUCACUGUGCUAACAACAACACCUGUAUCCAACCAGGUACAGCCUGUAACUGUGACGCAGAUCUUCACAAGUGGACUGAAGAUAGGGGAUUCAAUACUAUCAAAGAACAGUUGCCUAUUACAGAGAUGGUAUUCUUGAAGGACAAGGGACAAGGAGUGGUGACUUUGGGGCCACUGGAGUGCUGGGGAAACAUUGACCACCAGUGGGAGACAGCUGUGACAUUUAAGACGACUGUGUCCUAUGUGACAGCUCCAGCCUGGUCCACUGGAGACCUGGAGAUCAGCUUUAAGACAGACCGGGCCUCGGCCACCCUGCUGCACCAGAGUAGUCCCCAAACAUCAACAGACUUCUUCACCAUGACACUCCUGGAAGACCAUAAGCUGGAGAUAUCCUACAGUGUUGGGAGCGUGGAGAGGCGGAUUGUGCUGCAGACAAAGGCCAAGUUCUCCAGUGGGCUGUGGAAUCAGGUCAGAGUGGAACAUGAUCGCACCAACGCUCGCUUCACCCUGAACGAAGCCUCGGAAAUGAUCGAUCUUCAGAAGGGAGAGAGACUGGCAAGGUUUAACGGCGCCAUGUUUAUUGGCAGUCCAGGAACUAAGUUAUCCGGCUCUAACGACGGAAUCAUAGGCUGUGUCAGAGGUGUGGUCUACAAUAACAAACAGCUGGACCUGGUUAAAUAUGCUGAGGAAAAGUCAGAUGAGGUGGAGGCUGGGUGUACAGCAUCAUGUCAGUCCAGCCCAUGUCAACAUGGUGCUACCUGUGAGGAAGCCUGGGGACAGUACACGUGUCACUGUCUGAACACCUGGUCACACCUGGGCUCCAAUUGUCAGCAGAAUAUUGAUGAGAACAUGGCCACCAUUGAUGGUGCAGAGCACUCGUACCUAGAAGUGAACGUAACAACGCCCAGAGUCCUAUCUGGCACACUUGUCUUCAGCUUCAGGACAUUCCAGGCCAACGCUCUCCUCUUCUAUAUGCAUGACCACUUCAACAACUUCAUACAGCUGGAGCUGAGAAAUGCUCGAGAAAUUCUCCUUCUGUACAACUCACUAACGUACAUCAUUGAUGAAUUCAUACCGGUCAGAGACUUGAACGAUGGCAACUGGAAGCAGGUGAUCAUCGAAAAGCUGGACAGUGGCUGGCUUAAGCUCCAGUGUGGUAAGAUCAGCAGGGUAAUCCAACAGAAGCGAGCCCUGCUGAGGACCUACCUCUCCAAACCCUUCAACUCUCGAGAAUCUGUUCGGCCAAUCAGAGGAGAGCUUCCUCCUGACCCAUUCAUAAAGCUUUACGUGGGGGGUGUUCCUAAGGAGAUGAAGACUAAAAUUACGCCAGCGACUCUGCAUGGCUGUGUCCGCGGUUUCCGUAGCAACGAGUACAUCUUUGAUUUAGAGGGAUCUGCAGAGUAUCAAAAUGGUACAUCUGUGGGAUGCAUAGCAGGCUGUGAAAAGCAGGGCUGUAAGAAUGGAGGCCUUUGUGUGGAAUUGUGGGAAGGAGAGUACCAAUGUGACUGUAUGAACUCUUACUACACAGGGAUCACUUGUCAGACAGAGCCAUCGGGCAUAUUUGAUGGGAGCACAGUGGUGAGAUCAAAAGUGAAGCUAGAUGCCACAUCAUUGGCUGCAUCAAGCAGCACAGAACGUCUCACUGUUCAUUUCACCGCUAACAGCACAGCCAACACAGAGAGGGUCGUCCUAGCUUUUGUCUACAGCUCUAGAACUGGAGACUACAUCCUGGUGUAUCUGACAAGACUGGGAGACGUGGUGGUGGAGACAGACCUGGGCACAGGAACAUAUAUUGUCAAGAAAUCAGGAUCUUUUGUGGACGACCAGAGACAUAAAUUGGAGUACAAACGCAGGCAGACAGAACUGAGCUUAACUCUGGACCCAUUUGAGGGAAAUAAGUCUAGUGUAAUUGAUUUAGCGGAACUGGACCAGGACAGGCCUUCCACUGUGGUUCACCCAGACUACACCCUGGAUAGAGUGGACACAAUUAUGGUUGGAGGUGUGGUGCUGAACAACCCCAGGUUCUCUAAUUACCAGAACUUCACAGGCUGCCUCUCAGACGUAGUUUACUACCCACUUGCCAACAGUGUACUGAAAUUUCAACCGCUGAAGGAACUCCAUCAGGUACCACAACACGACACCGUGGAGGCGUGGGGGGAGGAGCCUGUACCGUGUAGCCCCACCCCACCUGUCAUGGAGAAGCCUCAGCAGGAGAUCCCGUCCUCCCCCUCAGACUCGGAGUCUCGUCCUGAGAUUGUGACAAUGCCUCCAUGGGACAAAGGGCCAGCAGAAGUCGAGUUGAUCCAGCCCAUCCAGACACCUAACAUCACAAAUAUCACUCGGAUCGUCCCAAUCAUAACAUCUUCCACAGACUACCUCACCAUCAUUAUAGCAGUGACUCUGGUGGCCUUCCUGUUGAUCGUGGCUCUAGUGAUCGCCCUUCUUCUGGCUCGUUUACGACGCCGACGGGAACGAUAUGACGUACAGAAGCAGCCAGCGGAGUACCACGAGCUAAAAAUGCCACUGAAGAGCGCAGAACCGGGUAAACCACCUCAGGCUGGUCGGGUGACUGCCAGUCACCUGGCAACCAUGGAUGAGUUUAGUUUGGUGUCGGGAGGCACGUUGGAUCAGGAGUCUCCUCAGAAUCACCAUGAAGCUAACGGCUAUCAUUUCCCAGAAAUGUCGCCCGAAGACGAGGCAUUGUUAAAUCCACCACUAAACCGGAAAACGAACCGCCCAGCCUCCUCAAUAUCAGAGGUGUUGGAGGAAAUGGAGCGCAGAAGAAAAGCCAAAGUCGCUGGGCUGGACCCAGAUGUGGUGGUUCUGACUGACUCGCCAGUCAGUGCUCAAUCCAUGCAGAUGCAUGGGGAGGGAGACCUGGAGUGGGAUCCUCAAGCCGACCGUGUCCCACUCAGCUGCAAGAAUAAAUCUGAGGAGGCAGCUGAAGCGUCAUCGCAUCGCUCAGACAGUCCUGUUCGCGUAGAGUUCAACGGUGACAGUGGGUAUGAGGCUGGGUCAAAGCCCGAAGUGGAAGAGGAAAACACAGCGAGUCCAGACAAGCUGUACAAAUACGACCUGGCAGGCUAUAACUCUGAAUCCUUGCUAAAAGGAGACAGUGUGAAAACGAGGCUCAUUAGUGAAGAGGCCGAGACUGCCUGCUGAUUGGUCAGAACUUCCUGACAGACAUACGUCAAGGGUCAUAUUUAACUCGCAAAACUCAGUGAAUACUCAAGGGGCAUAAUUAAGUGACUUUGUCUGAAGACUUGGGAUCUCCAGGGGUUUAUCCCUGGCCCCAGUGGAACCACCAGGAUUAUGUCUCUCCUCUCUGCUUCUGACUGGUGAACUUAAUGUAACACACACGAAAGGCAGAAAUAUAUGAGCUGUAGAUGAAUGCUGUGAAGACUUGGCUUGUGAAUGUGGAAUGGAAGUUUUCACCAAAACAAGGACUAUUCCAAGAGGGAUCUGUAACAACUCCAUGUGAAAUUUGUGACCAAAGGCUAGGAAGUUUUGAAUGUUGGAUUCUGAACUAUUCGGUGGACAUACAGCAUACCUUAGCAUUCUAAGGGGUACUAAAGAACUGCUAUGUUAUUGUUAUUUAUGAAACUUUCAGACUGAAGGUGAUACCUCUGUAGAGUCCAGCAGUACUCUGACUGGAAUAUUAACAGUGACUUCAGUUUCACCCAGGGAUACUUGUAUUUCACAGAUAUACUUUCAGGGUGCAUUGUGGAGAUGUCCUCUCCCAGCAUUAAACAACAGCUAAGGCCUUUGGUUUGUUAUAAGAACAGGUUACAUCACCCUGCUGCAUUAUAUACAGCUAGCCUGUAACCGUUUUGUAUGUGACACUAUGAGAGUGAAUUAAAUUGACCAUUCUGCUUUUGGUGCCGGAAAGAAUCUUGAAACCGUAUGGUGUUCGAGGAGUGCGCUUGAGGAUGACCGCAGUCAGAGACAUGUCAGGGUCUACACCCUUGUGCUCUAGGCCUUGAUCUUCAUGUAACAGUCACAAAAUUGUGAGGUGGUGCAUAAACUGCUAUUCACGAAACAGAUUUUUCUCAACUGUUGAUAUCCACUUACAUCAUGAUAAUUUUUAUUUCAAACUGCAGACGACAGACUUUUCUGGAUCAUCAUUAAAUUGUGUUUGAUUUUAAACUACAGCAAAUGAUUCACAUUCUUUCCACGAACCAGAUUUGUUUACUAACUGUGUCGUUGAAAUGUGUGAAUUGUUGCCACAGGGUUCCAGCAUUUAUGUGUAAAACUGUCUUGGUCAGUGAAGUAUGCUCAUACUUAUUUCUGUCUUGUUUAUGUGAGAAUUAAUAUAUUGAAUUAAAUUCCCACCUAAGGGUCAACAUUUGUGCUCAUCCAUUAAGAUAUAUUAGUAAUUAAUAUUUGUGAAAUAUUUGUAAGUGCUGGCCACAAUUUAUGAGGGAGCCUAUAUAUUGUACAAAAAUAAUAUUCAAAACCAAGCAUUUUAAUCCAACAUUAUCUUUAUAGAGGUCUAAUAGGAGACGAUAGAAAUAUUUGAAUAGAUCUGAAGCACCAUUCCACGCCAGCCUCUCUUUGAAUAUUCCAAAUUCUAAAAUAUUCUUGCACUCAUUGAUACUUCCCAUGUUCCAGAAUUUUUUAGCAUGCACUGCAUGUUGAAACAUGUCAUAUUCCAGCACCUUUGAGAACAUACAUUGGAACAUUUCACAAUCCUCAAACCUUUUUUUGCACAAGUAUUAAGGCUAAUAAAUUUCAUACCCUUUUUUAGCAUACAAAGAAGUUUCCUACAAGGUGAGUUUUUACUCAGAGGAUCAAAAGUGUGUACAUCUUCUGUAACUUGUCAGCCCUGAGAAGACGGGGAUGUAAAUAUGGAAUAAUAUGUACAACAAUGUAUCAAACAUUUCAAAAAAUGAAUGAUUAGCUCAUUCUCCAUUUAUCAACCUAAACCAAAGACUUGGCCUUGGCUCCUUGCAUUACAUACAUGGAAUAAAUGACCACCAGAUUUCCAGGGCUAACAUCAAAGUUAUCUAACCAAGGCAGAAGUAUUAUUGAAUUUCACAUGAGUUUCUUGUAGUUGUAUGGAAUUAAACUAGAACUGUAUUAUCACUGACAUAAUAUAUUCACCAAGGAGACUGUAUACAUGUACAUAUACAGUAGAUGUUUUCAAUGUAUGUCAACCCUAAUUACCUGGUAAGCACAAAGCCCCCUUAUGCUUGUUAUCAGUCAAGGAUUUCUUGCAGAUGUACUGGUUAAAAUUCUCCACCUUUUUUUUUUGUAUAUUCCCAGUGGGCGCAGAUCAUUGUGAGGUUAUCAGUAAUAUAUACUGCACUGUACUGUAUGUGCUUUCACACACGUACACCACACUGAACAGCAUUUGGUUAAAAAUACUGAUACUGUUGUCUUGAGUAUGAUUUAGCUUUUUUACCAUUAAUAUUAAAGGGAUACAGAAUCGAUGCUGAUAAAAUUUUACAGUGCCCAAACUUGUUGAUUCACAAAGGACUGUCAUAAAAUUAUCUUCACUGAUCCACUUAGCCAAUCAGCGUUCAUUAAAAAUUUGAAUUUCUUUUUCAGAUUUAGUGAAGUAGAUGUUUGGUAUAUUAUCCAAAGUUUGUAAUACAUAUAUGUGUAUGUAGAAUUUAAAGAGUUCAUUCUCCAAGCUUUUUUUUCCAAACUCCACCUAUUGGUCACUAGAUUUACAUUUGUGAGAAUUUCAACACGUCUAAAAUAUGUAUAUAUAUAUAGGUAUAUAUAUAAAUUUGUCAGUCUGGGUAAGCCAUAUGUGAAUGUUGCAUUGAAACCAUCAUGUUGAGUUUGCACAUAGUUCUUGAAGUCACACAUAGAAUAGCCCUGAGGCCUUCUUUUCUCUUGGGGGUUUUUUGGUGCAGAUGUUUUCAAGGUAAAACAAACAAAUGGUUGAUCUCUUCAGUUAAAAGCAUACAAUGUUUUUAGCAUAUAAAGUGCGCAGCAAAGACCGGUUUUGCAUUUUGGACCAGCAUCCAGAAAUUUCACAGUUUUCACAGCAUUAUUUCUUGACACCCCCCCCCCCACCACCACACACACACAUUAGGUGUGUAUUAGGUUUUGAUGGAACAGUUUAUGUUGGCAGGAGUGAAACUUUAUAACACCUGAUGUUAUUUCAUAAACACAAGUGUGAAGUUUUGCUGAGCAAUAUUUAAGAGCUCAGUUCUACAAAUCCAAGUCUUACCCUUAUGAAAUCUUAUGUGAUUCAAGCCCUUACAUUUGGACUAAAGGAGUCAUCUUGCUAAAUAUCAAUUCAAAUUUCCCAGUGGCUUAAAAUGUUAAUUGUGUACCACUCCAAAAGUUAACUUGUUUGCAUUCUUUGUAUACCGGUAUGAAAAUUUUUGCAUAGUAAAGACAGUCAGAGCAGAUGGUCUCAUCGGGCGUGAAUUGUUGGCCACCUCUGUUUACACCAGUAUUGUCUGAGUUAGUUCACACUCAUUUCACUAGUCAUAAUAUGCUGCAGCUAUGUGUAUAUAUUUGUACCAUUUUGUAUUUCCCAAGAAUCCCUGCAUUGUGUACAAGAUGAUGUGUUGUUUUUCUUGGUGUGUGUGCGAACAUAAAUGAACAUAGCAUACAUUACUUAUUAAGGAUUUUUUUUUGAGCAGAUUUGAAUUUCCUUUUCUAUAUAUGCCAUGUGGAAAUUUACUCUGCUACAUGUAUGUACAAGUAUGUGCUGUGUGGAAUAUUGAAUCUUGACUGGUGGCGCCAUUUUCCAUUACUUUAUACUGAAAUUUCAACAUUCCAGUGUGGUCUUAAUUUAGGACAUGUUGUGUUGGUUUUCUCAGUUGCAGGUCAUUCCAAGUAUUUUAUUGCCGAUUACUGCUGUUUGGCUGAGACAAAACCUUACGUACUUUUUAUAGUGGUGCUUCUUGCUGUUCUUUUGGAAAAUCACCCACUUUAAUAUGGUUCAUUUUAUGUAUCUACAUUUGUCAAGUGUGCUUUUUGUGAUUUUUUUUCUUGUCUGUUAAGUCUCAAGUUGUUUUACAGAUUUUUGUAAGUGAAUUGUAAAAUUUGUAAAUAUGAACUUGUUAAAGGUCUAUUUUCAAUGAAAACCACUGAUUGGGAUUUGUAGAAAUUUGAAUGUGGAUUCUCCAAGAGUAGAUAACGGGAGAUAAGGGCAGAUAACUGAGAGAGUUUGUCGCAGAGAUUGAACCUCAUGGUUCAGACAUUAUAGCUAAUCCACUAUAGAACACUUUUGCUUCUUGUUAUGCCCACAUGACUUGCUGGUUACAGCUCUAUUUAUAUUCCAAAAAAUGGUUGAUAAAAAACUGUUAGUCCCAGAUUCAAAA